CGCUCAGUUGAUCAGAGUCACUCGAACGCGCCGCUGCUCAACGAUUCGAAAUUGGCGCGAAACGGUAUAAAAAGUUCGACUUACAAAUUGGCUAUAUAGUAUAGACGCUCAAAUAUCAAACGAGCUGCAACGGUUUUCGUCGGCAAUUUAAAAUGCUCAUGAUGUGAUGUUUGCCGAGAGCUGUGCCUAGUCAGCCGUUUUGCCAUACGAAAAAUAAUGUACCGCCCAAUCUGCUAAAUAGGAAGGCUAACACAUAACGCUCAGAGAUCCAGAGAAAAUAUCAAUCUGGUUACGUGACUGUCACGAUAGUUCGACAUGCCUUUUAGCAAUGAAACGGAAAUGAGCCAAUGUUCCAAUGCGAAACGUAGAGUAAACGAUCCGUUGACUGGACCAAAAAACUGCAGUACUUCGUCCACAGACUCGGGCGUUAUACUAAACGAUAAUGUGGCGGCAUUCCGGCCGGAGAAGGAGACCAAAGAUCGGGGGACGGGCGAAGGGCAGUUCCAAUCGAAAUCGGAAGAGAAAACGGAAUCCAAGCGUAUCAGCGUUGAGCACACUGUCAAUAUAACAACGGAAAAUGUUGGAAAGACAUCUUCGCCGGCGGUUUCCAUACGGAGUACCACAAUUUCCGUUGUGUCCAUCGAUGAUAAUGCCAUCGACUCGAGUAGUAUUGAUAGUGAUUCGGAGGCCGAAGCGGAGGAUUAUACGGUCCAGAAGCUGGGUCACCAGGUCACCUACCCGCCCAACAGUUCACACCUGCGCGACCUUAACCAGGGUCUAACGGUGAUCAGUCGCCAUGUGGCGCCAGGUGAGGCGGCAGUACCACCACCCAAUCCCCUGGAAGCUGGCAUUGUGGCCAAGCAAAUACUGAACGGUAAUCUGGCCGUGGCCACGCCCACAUCGCCGGCGGGCGGUGCCACGCAGGGUAUUGGCAGCAUCGCCCUGACCAACUCCACAGAUGUGACGUUCGGUGAUAAGCAUUUCUACGAGGGACCCGUGACGAUACAACAGUUUCUCAUCGAUAAUCGGGACAAGUGGAAACCGGGCGAGGGACCAGCUGGUGGACAGGAUAACCCCGCAUUCAAUGGUGGUCCCAGCACGAAUGGAAGUGCGCCGGGCUCCAAACACGAAGAUCCGGCGCAAACCCCACCAAUUUGUCCUUUUCUGCCCAACACUGUCGGACGCAAGGCCGUCACAGUUACAGUGGUUUUUGUAACUUUAACCUUCCUGCUGGGUAUCGUACUGGCCACCACCACAAAUCUCUUCGGAAAGACGUUGAACCAAACGAAUGAUCCUGAAAUCCAUGUGGAUGGAAAACUAGUUGUGGUCAGUAUAAAAGGCUGGGGUGGUAUGCCUACUAGAGGAAACCUAAAGCCAUUUAAACUUCCGGUCUCCAAGGUAAUUAUCUCUGAGACUCCACCCGAGAUAUGUACGACACAGGAUUCCUGUUCUUAUUGGACUCGAGUAACCCAAAGCAGGCACAUGGAUACCUUCAACUGGAGUCAAGUGGGAUAUAAUUUUCUUGUGGGCGGAGAUGGACGUAUUUACGAGGGGCGUGGCUGGAACUACAUGGGCGAUCAUACGAGGGACAAUAAUAACAACAGUAUCGGUAUUACAUUUUUGGGAACAUUUCGACGACAGGAGCCGACGCCAAAAUCAUUAGAGGCAUGUCAGCUGCUCAUCGCUCAAGGUGUUCGCCUCAAGAAACUAAAGCCAGAUUACCAACUGCUGGGACAUCGGCAAAUCACAGGCACUUUGAUGCCCGGCGAGGAACUCUAUAGAAUCAUUCAAACCUGGAAUAACUGGUACAAUCUGACGAAAACUUGGCCCGAUCUGCAUAUGACUCAAUAGUUAUAAUUAAUACAAUCAAGAACGAAUAAAGAUCUGGACAACAUUGGUGGUGGACUAAUACUGAGAUUCGUGGAGCGUCAGCAAUGGCUCGCACAGCCGCCACAGAAGGAGAUUCCCGAUCUGGAGCUGCCCGUGGGAUUGGUCAUAGCCUUGCCCACCAAUUCAGAAAAUUGCAGCACACAGGCGAUCUGUGUGCUCCGAGUUCGUCUGCUGCAGACCUACGAUAUAGAAUCGUCGCAGAAGUGUGAUAUUGCGUACAACUUUCUGAUUGGCGGAGAUGGAAAUGUAUAUGUGGGACGGGGCUGGAAUAAAAUGGGUGCCCACAUGAACAAUAUAAACUAUGACUCGCAGAGUCUUAGCUUCGCCUAUAUCGGAUCGUUUAAGACCAUCCAGCCGUCGGCCAAGCAACUAAGUGUUACUCGUCUUUUGCUGGAGCGUGGCGUAAAGCUGGGCAAGAUUGCACCAAGCUACCGAUUUACGGCGAGCAGUAAAUUGAUGCCAAGUGUAACCGAUUUUAAGGCGGAUGCGCUCUACGCAAGCUUCGCCAACUGGACUCAUUGGUCGUGAAUAGGUUAAGAGCUAUUUCGAUAUUUUGCAAUACUAUCAUUUAUUUUCGUAUUGAUUUUGUAUCAUAGGUGUUCUCCCAUUAAUGUGUGGCAUAUUCGAUUUAGCUAGAGUAACGAUUCGUUUAAAAAGAAAAUGUGAUAUUAAAUAAAACAAAAUGAUUU